AUAAAAGUGAUUGUUGCCGAGUUGUUAGCUCCAUUCUAUUUACUUAUUAGCAUUGAGGGAUAGAGGAUUUAAAAUGAAGUCCAUUUUUGUGGCAUGUCUUUCGAUGUCUUUGGUUUUACUGACAUUACGAAGUGUUAGCGGAUGUACCUGUAUGCCCGUAACCUUACACGGUAGCUACAAAAGUUCCGACUUCGUGCUUGUUGGCAGAGUUAUUUACAAGGACGCAACCCAAAAUUAUCGUAAUGGAAAUACAUACUAUGAUGUAGAAGUGCUCAGAGUUCUGAAGCAGGAUGGUAUUGAAAUCGGAACGCCAGUAACAAGAAUAACAACGCGGUCAGCAGACUCUCUGUGUGGGGUAUAUCUAGAAGUCGGCCAGGUGUACAUAUUGAAUGGCUUUAAAGGGGAUUCAGGAUUACGGAUUUCGACGUGUUCUAUGAUGUCUAGGGGCCCGGUAUGUCCAAAAAUGUUGGGCUUUGUAUAUGACACGUUUGCUACGCUACAGUCUCUCGCCUGAUCGACUGCCUGGGGUCAGUAAACAUGUUCAGGCGAAACAGCUGCUUCUAAAUGAACAACUUGUCAUAAAUAUUGUUAUGUCAGAACUGUAAUAAAAAUUAAGGAUAUAAAUGAUCCACCAUCAGCAG